UCCAUUCAUUCACUCGUGUGCGCAAGCAAACUUUAUUUUGGAUUGCGUAAACUGCUCUGAGAGAUUGUAAGGUGUAGGCAAAAGCGAAACCUGUAAAUCGACCACGUUCCCAGCCGGCGAACACGUACAAUCAGCUCGUCCACCGACUCUCCGAUUUCGCUGCCUUUGCUAGUGUAGAGGUUUCAUUCUCGCAGGUUCCACCACGAGUCAGUUCUGCUUCUGAGUUGGAGUCGCGAGCAUCGCGAGGACAGAGACGACUUCCGGGAAAACACUUCCAGCAGCAGUGGCCGUGAAGAGGCAAUCGAUUGAGUGUUGGCUCAUUUGUUUUUCUUUUUGGAGUCAAGUGUGAUCCCAAGUAACCAGAAUGGCCCUUUCCCUGCGAACCAGCAAGGUGUUUACGUCCUUCCGGAUCAACCAGCGCACCUUCGAAGUGUCCAAGAUCCUCGCCUGUCGCUACUCGACGAAGAAGCGCUCCAAGAUCUACGAGAGCGCCGAGGAGGCCGUCGCGGACAUUGCCGACGGAUCGAAGCUGCUGGUCGGUGGCUUUGGACUGUGCGGCGUGCCGGAGAACCUGAUCGGGGCGUGCGUCAAGAAGGGCGUCAAGGACCUGACCGUGGUGUCGAACAAUGCCGGAAUCGACUCCUUUGGCCUUGGGCUGUUCCUGCAGAAGCGCAUGAUCAAACGCAUGAUCGCGUCGUACGUGGGCGAGAAUGCCGAAUUCGAGCGCCAGUACCUGACCGGCGAGCUCGAGCUGGAACUGACGCCGCAGGGUACGCUGGCCGAGCGAAUCCGCGCCGGAGGUGCCGGAGUGCCCGCCUUCUUCACGCCCACGGCGUAUGGAACGCUGGUGCACGAGGGCGGAGCGCCGAUCAAGUACGGGAAAGAUGGCACGGUGGAGAUUGCCAGCCAGCCGCGGCAGAUGCAGAUGUUCAACGGGAAGCCUUACAUCAUGGAGGAGGCGAUUGUUGGGGAUUUCGCGCUGAUUAAGGCACAGGUUGCGGACGAGUCUGGUAAUUUGGUGUUCAACAAGUCGGCGAGGAAUUUCAACCCGACGAUGUGCAAGGCCGCCCGUACGACGAUCGUCGAGGUGGAGGAGAUCGUUCCGACCGGUUCGAUCGACCCGGACCACGUUCACAUGCCGAGUGUGUUUGUUCAUAGGAUCAUCAAGGGUGCCAAGUACGAGAAGCCUGUUGAGCGAUUGCGCAUCCGUGACUCCAAGAAGGUCGGAUCGGUGGUGGCUUCCACUCCGGCGGCGAAACAGCGCGAGCGCAUUGUACGAAGAGUGGCGCUCGAGUACAAGGACGGUAUGCACAUCAACCUGGGAAUUGGCAUUCCGGUGCUGUCGUCCAACUACAUCAAGGGUAUCAACGUGCUGCUGCAGUCGGAGAAUGGUAUUUUGGGACUGGGACCGUUCCCGGAAAAGCACGAGGUCGAUCCCGAUCUGAUCAACGCGGGCAAGGAGAGCGUUACGGUCGUGCCUGGAGCGUCCUACUUCUCGUCGGACGACAGCUUUGCGAUGAUCCGCGGUGGCCACAUCGAUAUUACCGUGCUGGGUGCGAUGCAAGUGUCGCAGUUUGGCGAUUUGGCCAACUGGAUGAUUCCCGGACGGCUCGUGAAGGGCAUGGGCGGUGCGAUGGACCUGGUCGCCGCUCCCGACACCAAGUGCAUCGUCACGAUGGAACACUGCGCCAAGGACGGUUCGCACAAGAUCCUGGCCGAUUGCGAGCUGCCCGUCACCGGCAAGAACUGCGUCGACAUGAUCAUCACCGAGAAGGCCGUCUUCAACGUGGACCGCGAGCGGGGCCUUACGCUGGCGGAAAUCGCCGACGGCGUGACGGUCGAGGAGAUCAUCACCAGCACCGGGUGCAACUUUGAGGUGUCGCCCGAUCUGAAACCGAUGGGCCAGGUGCCGGAGUAGACCGAAGGGAGGGAAGGACAUUUUAGCAGGUAAUUUUUGCUGGUAGGGAAGAUUGUAUCAUUAAAACGCGGUAUCUCAGGACUUGGGCGGAGCGGCGGUCACUCACACAAGCGCUAGAUAUUAGAUAGCGGAGAAUGGCGCCAAACUGCUACACCGUGUCAGUGUGUAGCGACGAAGGGUUUUGUUUUUCGUUUUCAAUGUGUAACUUUAUACUUUUGCCUAGAUGAUUAUUAUUUGUAACGGGCCGAAAUGAGAGUUUUGUGUUGUAUACAAAGUAUACUUUAUGAAUAAACAUUGCAGUUAGACAAGUAAA